AAACACAGGUAAAUAACACAGGGAGGUGGGUCAUGUGAUCAGAGUACACAGGAACAGAUUGUGUGGAUCGAUCUGCUCGACAGCACAAAAGCACUAUGGACCCCCGUACCAGCGCCCAGGACGUGAUGCGAUGUGACCUGUGCGAGACCUCCAUGGUACAGAUGCACUGCGAUUCAUGCCUCAUCAACCUGUGUAAGGCCUGCGUGGGAGAACACAUCGCAGCUGAUGAAUCUGAGGAUCACAAAGUCGUUAAAUUCCAGUCCAGGAAAUCCACCCCCCUCUACCCUGGAUGUAUCUCUCACAACAAAGAACGAUGUGAAAUGCACUGUGAUCAGUGUCAUAUUCCAGUUUGUACCAAAUGUAUUGCAUCUGGCAAACAUCUAAGUCACAACAUAUUAACAAUCUUGCAAGCAUAUAUGGCAAAGAAAGAAAAAAUUCUCAAAAAUAAAACUGAGUUAAAUGAAACAAUUUUUCCAACCUACCAAGACAUUUCAUUUGACCUACAAAACAGAAUGAGUCAGUUAGAAAAGAAAUAUGGAGAUCUCUCAACAGCCAUAACAAAACAUGGAGAGGACUGGCACAGAGAAAUUGACAAACUCGUCCAGAAACUGAAAGCUGAAGUGGAGGAGAUGAAAACCACACAGUUACACACUCUACAGAAACAUCUGGAUGAAGUGAACAAGAAAAUGUCAGAUAUCAACGAUGAAAUCAAUUCAAUUGAUGUCAAUCUAGACUCCAAUAACAUGUCAGAUGUAUUCAGUGCUACAUCCACUGUAGAGGAAUAUAAAAAACUUCCACAAAAAAUUCUGCCUUCCUUACCUAAAUUCACUCCUGGGAGAAUUCAAAGAGAAGAACUAUGUAAACUGUUUGGAACUUUAUCAUCAAUUUCUGUCCAAUCAGAAGAACAUGGUUACAGUAUAAAGACAACACAGAAAUCCCCAGAAGCUGCAUCCUCUCCUGUCAUCAAACAGCUGCUUGAUGAACCACAGACUGUCACCACCAUACACACUGGGUAUGAAAACCUUUAUAAUGUGGCCUGUCUGAGUGAUGAAGAAAUCUGGACAUGUGAUAAUAGCAGAACCAUGAAACUCUUCAGCAUCAAUCAGGGAUCACAACUCAAGUCAAUCACAACCAAAUCACAGAACGCUCCAUGGGACAUAGCAGUGACAAACAGUGGGGAUCUGGUUUAUACUGAUUACUGGGAUAGAACUGUAAACAUUGUGAAGAAUGAAGAGAUACAGACGGUGAUCAGACUACAGAAGUGGAGACCUCGUGGAGUCUGCAGUACCUCCUCUGAUGAUCUCCUGGUUAUCAUGAACAGUGAUGAUGUCACACAAUCCAAAGUUGUCCGUUACUCUGGCUCCACAGAGAAACAAAGCAUUCAGUUUGAUGAUCAGGGUCGUCCUCUCUAUUCAUCUGGUGGUUAUUAUAGAUACAUUACUGAAAACAGGAACCUGGAUGUCUGUGUGGCUGACUAUAGAGUUAAAGUAGUGGUGGUCAAUCAAGUCGGGAAACUGAGAUUUAGGUACACUGGACAUACUCCUGCUCCAAAGAACAAACAAUUCAGUCCACUAGGAAUCACCACAGACAGUCAGAGUCACAUCCUUACAGCUGAUUGUAACAAUGAUUGUGUCCACAUCAUAGAUCAGGACGGACAGUUCCUCCGUUACAUAGACUGUGGACUGAUUGAACCCAAAGGACUGUGUAUAGAUACAAACGACAAUCUGUUUGUUGCUCAGUGUAGAAACAAACAAGUGAAGAAAAUCAAAUAUCUGCAGUAAAAUUAAAACACUGAACUGAUUUACCUCCAGUAAAGGAUGAUAAUGACGUACAAGGACGAAAUUGACCAUGAUUACGUAUCUGUAUCACUGACUGACCGUGUAAAUCAUGAAAUCUUUUUUUAGACACAAAUAAAAAUCUGGUGUUUGCUGAUAAUUAUAACCAUGCAACCUCUAUUUCUUCAAUGUAUCAACAAACCAGUGAAGAAAGUAAAACACCUGCAGUAAAAUUCAAACACUAGUAAGUGAUACCCAUGAUUCACUCAGUGAUAACAUCAUAGUUAUAUAUUGACAACAAUAGGAAAAUCAUCAAAAUGCAAAGCAAUAUUUAAAUAUUGUGUUGAUGUUUAUACAUGUAAUAAUUACUUUUGUCUUCUAAUAAAAUAGUUCUGUAUCAAACAAGAAAAAACAAAACAAG